AACAAAAAUUACACAAACUAUUUAAUGAGUAUGCACCUAAUUGCAUAGACAAUUAAAGUGAAUGGAGAAUUUUGUGCUUGGAAGUAUUUUCCAUUAAAAGUCAUUACUCGUCUCAAUUGUAAUUAAAGACUUAAUCGAUAUUUCAACGUUGCAUUCAUGCCAAAAUAUCAACACGAACCACGAACUACGAUCUGUCACUUUGACACUUGUUUAUUUGUCGAGUAAAAAAAACACCCACAGAACUUUUUUUUCCUUCGGUUCACUGCGAUUUUCUUUAUGUCACAUCGUGAAAGUUAUAUCGCAGUUUUAGUCUACUAAAAUCGAUUCGAAAUAAUUGGUGUGACACGAAUUUCGUUCAACUCAGCCGCACAUACGAAAUAUUCAGAAUGUCGGACAAGGCGUCAAAUUCAAAAUCAGUGAAUGAUAAAGAUUUGGACGAUUUAUUGAAUAGCGCCCUAAAUGAUUUUGACGCUGGAAAUCAAUCGAAGAGCGGAGAUAAAAGUGCAGAUGCUUCGGAGCCCAAAGCAAGCGCUGAAGUAUGGAAUGAAGAAUUCAUCACGCAACAAGCUAAAUUGUUUGAAGAACGCAUGGCCAAUGUGUUUGGCGGAGUUGAUAAUGCUCCGUCUGGAGAUCAAAUUAACAUGACUUUCCAAAAAAUGGCUGAAGCGGCAGCUAUGGCAGUGCAGGGAAUGGAUGAGAACGCAACUUUACCGACUGAGCCCCAAUUAGCUGAUAGUUUGACAGAAGCGUUGAAGUCUUUGAAAGAAGGAUCAGGCCUUUUGCAAGAGCCAAUCCCACCAGAAGGAUUGUCUGGAAUGUUCUCCGGGUUGAACUUGGAUGAUGAUUCCGGCGAUAAUCCAUUCCUGCCGGUGAUGCAAGGCAUGAUGCAGUCUUUGCUAAGUGCCGAAGUUUUGUUGCCGAGCCUAAAAGAAAUGCUUGAGAAAUACCCCGCAUGGUUGGACGAGAACAAAGAUAAAAUCAGUGAAGCGGACAAAGACCGAUAUGGCAAACAACAAGAGCUCUUCAAAGUCAUCUGCACGGAGUUGGAGAAGGAGACGCCAAACGAUUCGACUGAAGUCAAAAAUGAACGUUUCAAAAUUGUUUUGAAGAACAUGCAGAAAUUGAAUGAGUACGGACAACCGCCAGCCGAUUUGAUCGGUAAUCCAACUGCAGGCGGCAUCCCAGAAUUUGACCCAGGUCAAUUCAGUGACCCAUCACAAUGCAAUCUCAUGUAAACAAUCAAGGACCACGGUGCAUUUCAGAAACGAAACAAAAAUAUUUCACAGAUUUAUCAUGCGCAUAGUUUUUAUUUUAGAUUAAUGGGCAUUACGUUAUUUGUUUGUUGGAGAUUUCAAAAAUAUUAUUUUCCUUUUUCUUCCCUAUUUUUUUGGUAUUGUGAAACAAUCAAAACAAUUUUCUAUGAAAACGAAAAAAAAACUGAGAAAUAAAUUUACAAACGUACCAAACAACAACGCGAA